GUGCUCAGUUUGCAGCGCGCUGGCAAAACAUGCAGAUCGCGUUCGUUUCGCCUCUUGGCUAUAUAUAGAACUAUAUAGAAAAUCUAUUUUCGUAACGCUAUUUCGUGGAAAAACAAACGCAAAUCGAAAAGUUUAUAGUUAACAGUAGUUGAAAUACAGAUUUCGAAGUAAACUACUAAAAAGCAAGUUAAACUAAAUUGCCAAGCAGAGCACAAGUGAUGUAACGUGAGUUGGCCAAGAACUGUAUUAGCCAAGAGCAGCAUUACAACAACAGAGAGAGAGAGCGAUCAACUAUUUCAGAGAGCAACUGCGUCGCAGUUUGUUUAUUUUAUUACCAUGUCGAAGAAGUGUAGCGUGCGCAGCCUCAGCGACAGUUCUCUCGCAGAGCUGGCCAACCUCUUAGUCUCAACCAUUAGCUAUGUGCAAUACGCUCCCGAUGUGCAGCUUGACAUCAACAUUCUGAUGGUCGAACUGAAUGAAUAUCUCGCUCAAUCGGGGGCCACAUCAAACAUCUAUCAGGAUUUGCUGCGAGUCAUCUUGAGUUCGGAUUAUCUGGAGGCCAACAUGCGUUUCACGUGCCUGCAAAUGCUGCUUAAUUGUGGAGUCCACUUCCUCGUCACCGAAGUCUUUCCGCCCAGUUACUAUGAGAAGAUCUUGCAGGUGAUUGCCGCCCAAGGCGCUGGAUUGCGUGUGCUCAAUCUCAAAGGGAUUUGGGUGAAGGAGGAUCACAUGCAUUAUAUGUACGAAAUUGUGCGACGUUGCAAGCAGCUGGUCAAGCUCUAUGUGCCGUAUAUAGCCAACGAUCAGUUGCUGGAAGAGAUUGCCUUGAAUUGCAAUCGUUUGCAGAUUCUGGAUAUUUCCGGUGAAACAGACAUCACUGAAAUUGGCAUCGAUCAGUUGGCCAAAGGGCUGUGCGCUCAAUCCUUAACGGUGGUCGAUGUGGGCAUGCCGGGUGAGGAGAAUAUUUGCUACUCCGACAUCGCCUUGAUUCUAGAGCAUUGUCCACGGGUGGAGACACUUUCCACAUAUUCGUUUGUGGGCGCUGCUUUGAAAUUCAUCUACGAUAACAUUGACACCAACUUCAAGUGUCGUCUAAAGUAUGCCCAUGACACGGCUACAGAUGAACCGACUUUGCAGGUGCUGCUCCAGACUUGUCCGCAGUUGGAAACUCUCUAUUUGGACUCUCCGAAACUCGGUUGCCUGCGUGCCUUACAAACGCGGCAGCUGCGUAAGCUUAAGAUCUGCAAAUUUGUUGUAGCCGAGUUGAUUUCCUUGCUCGAGCGUCCCAUGGGUCAAAAACUUCGGCAUCUGACGUUGAUCAAGGGCAGCGGUAAUCUUGAUCUGGGCAAACUUGCGCGUCUUUGUCCCUCGCUCAUCGAUCUUGAUUGUUAUGUGGUUGAAUCGCUGUCGUAUGCAUCUCAGGUGCGCUUUCAGCAGCUCGAGGGUCUGGAGAUUCUCAGCUGUGAUAUGAUGACCAGCUCGCUGAAGGCGUUCCUCUGCAACACGACGGAUCUGAAGCGUCUGGCGGUGGAUUCUGUGGAUUUCACAGACGAUGACAUUAUAAGCAUGUUCGUGCAGCACGAUUUCAAAGUGCUGGAGGAUAUUUGGUUCACGCUGGCGCCAGAGCUCACUGUACAGGCCGUGGAGCUGCUCAUGGAGAGUUGCCCGGAACUGCAGUCUGUGGGUCAAUUGACGGGUUGGUCGCUGACGCCGGAUGAUUUAUCGCUGAUACGUGGACUGUUGAAGAGCGGAAACUCUAGCCUUGUACUGACUACGAAUGGUUUAGUUGCUUGAGCUUUUUGACUAUUGUCCAGGGUAUUUUAAUACUUUGCAUAUUUGCAGCCAAUUAAAAUGCACCUGACAAUGGUUUUUCCUACUCUCUGUCUUCCGCCUUUCCGCUUGCACACAUUUUAUGUUUGCGCCAACAUCAACAAUCAACGUUUUUGUUCUUUGCAGCGCCUGCAAUAGAUGACCUUUCAACCACGGCAGCCAACGACUAAUUUACUUAUAUAAAUAAAUUGUGAUUUGUGAUAUUUAUUUAUUGUACAUAUUUGAAAUAAACUUCGU